UCUGUCAAAGAUUUUUUUCCACGUACAGUUCUUAGACUCAGAUGCAUCAUUAGGCACAAAAGGUUUCUGCCUUGAGGAAUGCAUGGGAUUAGAAAUUUAAAUUGAAUUGUGCUAUGUGUUGGUCCCUUCAGAAAAAAAAAACAUCCAGGAAGGAAAAAGAAACUGUGGCUAGCACAAAAAGAAGUCAUUACACUUCCAAACCUGAUGGCUGAUUUAAAAAAAAUCCAGAAUAAACCCCAAAAUAACCUCUCCAAAAAAAAAAAAAAAAGUUCUUAAAACUCUCAGAAAACACCCAAAAGCAUGAAGUUUGGUCACCACAUUGAAAUAACAGAUAUGUUCUGUGAAAUUUCAAAAUCAAAGGUCCUGAAAAGCAUUGUAUUUCGCUGAUGAAGGGCUGGUAACAACGGAGAGAGAAAAAUAAAGAUGCACCAGUCAGAUGAAUAAAAUCUACUGUGAGACAAAGCAAUGGGUGCUCUUCUUACAACGCUUCUCAGGAAAAGACCAGGAUUUUCUGCCAGGAGAAGACUUCAUUCCCACCGUGCGACAGCAGGGCUGUGUGCUGCAGGCUCCUGAAGCACAGCAGGCUCCUGAUGCACAGGAGGCUCCUGAUGCACUGCAGGCUCCUGAUGCACAGCAGGCUCCUGAUGCACUGCAGGCUCCUGAUGCACUGCAGGCUCCUGAUGCACUGCAGGCUCCUGAUGCACAGCAGGCUCCUGAUGCACAGCAGGCUCCUGAUGCACAGCAGGCUCCUGAUGCACAGGAGGCUCCUGAAGCACUGCAGGCUCCUCAAGCACAGCAGGCUCCUGAAGCAGAGCAGGCUCCUGAUGCACAGCAGGGCUGUGUGCUGCAGGCUCCUGAAGCACUGCAGGCUCCUGAAGCACUGCAGGCUCCUGAAGCACUGCAGGCUCCUGAUGCACAGCAGGCUCCUGAUGCACAGCAGGGCUGUGUGCUGCAGGCUCCUGAAGCACAGCAGGCUCCUGAUGCACAGCAGGCUCCUGAUGCACAGCAGGCUCCUGAAGCACAGCAGGCUCCUGAUGCACAGCAGGCUCCUGAUGCACAGCAGGCUCCUGAUGCACUGCAGGCUCCUGAAGCACAGGAGGCUCCUGAUGCACAGCAGGCUCCUGAUGCACUGCAGGCUCCUGAUGCACAGCAGGCUCCUCAAGCACAGCAGGCUCCUGAUGCACAGGAGGCUCCUCAAGCACAGCAGGCUCCUGAUGCACAGGAGGCUCCUCAAGCACAGCAAGCUCCUGAUGCACUGCAGGCUCCUGAUGCACUGCAGGCUCCUGAUGCACAGCAGGCUCCUGAAGCACAGCAGGCUCCUCAAGCGCAGCAGGCUCCUGAAGCACUGCAGGCUCCUGAUGCACAGCAGGCUCCUGAUGCACAGGAGACUCCUGAUGCACAGCAGGCUCCUCAAGCACAGCAGGCUCCUGAAGCACUGCAGGCUCCUGAUGCACAGCAGGCUCCUGAAGCACUGCAGGCUCCUGAAGCACUGCAGGCUCCUGAUGCACAGGAGACUCCUGAUGCACAGCAGGCUCCUGAUGCACAGCAGGCUCCUGAAGCACAGCAGGCUCCUGAUGCACUGCAGGCUCCUCAAGCACAGCAGGCUCCUGAUGCACAGGAGGCUCCUGAUGCACAGGAGGCUCCUGAUGCACAGCAGGCUCCUGAAGCACUGCAGGCUCCUCAAGCACAGGAGGCUCCUGAUGCACUGCAGGCUCCUGAUGCACAGCAGGCUCCUGAAGCACAGCAGGCUCCUGAAGCACAGCAGGCUCCUGAUGCACUGCAGGCUCCUGAUGCACUGCAGGCUCCUGAUGCACUCCAGGCUCCUGAUGCACUCCAGGCUCCUGAUGCACAGCAAGCUCAGCACACCUCAGCUGGGAUAGGGGCAGCCAAAGGGCAGAGCCCCUCCUCCAGUCCCCAGGGCAGCACUGGCACCUCCUGGUCUCCCAUGGGUGCACUCCGGUGUGAGCUGGACAGCUCUGCACCAAACAGACACCUUCCAGCACGGAUUUUCGGGAGCUGGGCAGGGCUGGGGGAGCGAUGGGCGCCUCGCUCGUCACCGCUCAACACCCACCGCUGAGAUAACGCUCCUCCUGCCCCGUUAAUGUGAAUUGAUCUGCGACUCUGGCCCAGCUGGUGAAGAGAUGUGGCCAGCAGGCUCCUCUGGGGCACACAGGACGCCCGUGGGUGCUCCCCAUCCCUGUGAGGGGUGGGGUGCUGUCCACACAGCAGGAGCUGCUCGGAGCCAGCUUCGGCAAGCUGUGCCGCGCCGCUCUCUUAUUUCAACGCACGCCAGGCAGCCUGCAGGCUUUCCAGAGAGGUCUGGGAACUGCAAAGCUCCUUGCUUUGAAAAGUGCCUUUUUGACACUGUCUCUGUAGUUGCCAGAUGAGAGGAAGGUGAGGGUGACCAGGACUGCCCCCAGGACACGGGAGCCUGCUGCCAUCUCUGGGAACAGGCACAGCGGAGCGGGCAAGAGCACACGUGAAACACUAAAUCUGCUUUCAGCUCAGAAGGAACCAUCAGAUAACCACGUCAAGAAGUCACACCUACUCAUUCCAGGGGGACCUUCAAAGUGCUUGUCUGGAUUUCUUAAGGUGCUUGGUAGUGAAGGACCCACCUGGGUAAGCAGUGCCCUUUCUCUCCCUGUGUGUGACUGCAGAAAUAGAUGGGCAGAGCCACUUUGUCACCGAAUCAUGGAUCUGAGAUUUUUACAGCUGCAUCAGCGGGUGACCUGUGGCUCCACACUCCAGAGGUGUGUUCUGACCGCAGCCCCACUGCUGGAGCUGCUGGCAGCUGCUCAGUGAACAACUACACCUUAAUUAUUUCUCAUUUCUUAAUAUUUGCUUUACCCAUGUAGUUGAGUACAAGUAAGUAAAAAAAGAGGCUUGUGCAUUUCUGUUUGUUAGCCUGAUUUUCAAAGUGUCCUACCUCUUAGCUCCCUGUUGUAUCCCAAGAAAUCUCUUGAGUGCUGAGCACUUCCAAAGAACAGGUGAAGAAUGCCCAUUCCUAUAUAACAUGCCUAACUUGCAGCCAAAAUUUAAAUAAUGACAUUAAAAACAAUUCUAGAAAGUUCUAACAAAGCCUGAGAAACUAGGACUGCUACAGCCAUACAGAAGUUUCCUGUGAGUGCCUCACAGAAAAUUCCUGUUAGGAGGGAAAAAAAAAAAAAACAAACAACCUCAAACCAAGCAAAGAAAAGAAAAAAAAAAACCUGCAAAAAGGGAAAAAAGAAGCAGUGCACAAGUUUGCAUGCUGCCUGUCAGGCACUCAAGGAAGUGAGAUUUCAGAGUUUACCUGUGCAAUAAGGGGGAGCAAGC